AAUAGCGAGCCAUUCAUGUCUUCCCUUGUUCUAUUUUUUUAAAAAACAGUUGACUCGUAGCCCUACCCUUUGUUCUAUUUAAGCAUCCCCAGACCCAACAUGUAUGUUCGCAGAAACUGUUGUUCUGGGUUUUUAUUUUAUAGCUAGCUAGCAUCAGCGGACAUCAAUGGAGUCCGGUGGUAAUCCCUUGUACAGAUGCAGCAACUGCCGAAAUCCCCUCGCUCUUGUCGAGGAUCUUCUCUCGAAGAACUUCAUAGCAAAAUCAGGGAAAGCUUAUAUGUUCCGACAUGCGAUGAACGUGGUGUUGGGUCCGAAAUACGACACGCAGAUGAUAACCGGUCGAUACACCGUUGCCGAUGUAUUUUGCAGCAAGUGCAAUGAAAGACUGGGCUGGAAAUAUGUUCAGUCUUAUGAUAUGAAAAACAGGUACAAAGAAGGCACUUUUAUCCUCGAAGAACUUAAGAUGUUCCAACAGUACUAAAAAUACGUGGACUCUGGUUAUAUUUAAGGUCAAAUAAGUGGGCUUCAAAUUUAAAAUUCGAAUAUGUGGUUAUAAUUCUAUGUUUAAAUUUAACUUUGUGUUUACUUUGUAUCAUAUUAAGAUCCUUUAUA